AAACAAGAAGCGCCCUCUGUAGUAGCUACUAGUUUAAAGGGUCACAUGUUCUCUCCUGCAACUUUAUCGGAAAUAUGCAAGGCAUUCAACUAGGUAUGAUUCGAAAAGUGCUCGUUUGUUCUCCGCGUUUUCCUAGGCUGUGUAGCUCUUCUAAAAUUAACAAACAGGUAUUCCAUGGGUAUGCGUGCUUGCCAAGAUUGUGGUGUAGCAUUGCUUCUACUACAGCCCUACCUAAUUCACCAUCCAGUUUCUCUACUUCAACAACAACACGGAAACACAGUGAAGCACUGAUUUACAACAAGCAUGGGGAGCCAUCCCAUGUGAUUCGAAUGGAAAGCCAGGAACUUCCCGAGCUGGGGGAGUUUGGUGUUAGAGUUAAAAUGCUGGCUGCUCCAGUCAACCCAUCUGACAUCAACAUGGUGCAAGGUACUUACGCAAUUCUUCCUGAGCUGCCAGCUGUUGGUGGAAAUGAGGGUGUUGGAGAGGUGCUGGAAGUGGGUAACAAAGUUACUUCUUUGAGUCCUGGGGACUGGGUCAUACCAGCUGAUGCAGGGCUGGGGACAUGGAGGACAGAAGCUGUGUACAAUGAGAAGACACUGACUAAAGUUCCGCAUGACAUCCCACUUGUUUGUGCUGCCACCCUGAGUGUUAACCCUUUUACAGCUUACCGAAUGUUGCAUGAUUUUGAGACAUUACAACCUGGUGACACUGUGAUUCAGAAUGCAGCCAAUAGUGCAGUUGGGCAAGCUGUAAUUCAGCUAGGUACAGCACUGGGCAUAAGGACUGUUAAUGUUGUCAGAGACAGGCCAGAUUUUCAAAUGCUAGAAGAUAGGCUAAUAUCCAUUGGAGCAGACUAUGUGGUUACAGAAGAAACCUUGAGAAAGCCAGAGAUGAAGGACUUAUUUAAGAAAAUCCCAAGACCCCGUUUAGCCCUUAACUGUGUUGGAGGAAAGAGUUCAAUUGAGCUUCUUCGACAUUUACAGCGCGGAGGAACCAUGGUUACUUAUGGUGGAAUGUCAAAGCAGCCACUUACAGUCCCAGUGAGUGCAUUGAUUUUUAAUGACAUCAAGCUGCGGGGAUUCUGGAUGACUCAGUGGAAGAAAGACCAACCACAUGAUUCCAGCCAGCUCAAUGAGAUGAUUUCUAGGCUGUGUGACCUGUUUCGUGCAAAGAAGCUCUCUGCUCCCCUGCAUACUGAAGUCCCAUUUAAAGAGUUCAAGAUAGCCCUCGAGGCAUCCAUGAAGCCAUUUGUUUCUUGCAAACAAAUACUUAAAAUGUAAUGAGACAGCUUCACAACCAUAAAAGUGAGAGAUGAUGUUGAUAACUGAAGUAACAAUUCCAUUAUCUUUAACAGAAUUAAUAUAAAACUAUGUGAUGCUUAAUAAAUUAGAUUAUAUUUUUUGUUCUA